AAACACAUCCCGGCCCUUAUCGUUAUAUUUGAAUAUAAAUAUCACACGGAAUCGAUUUAGUGCUGUAUAGUUUAUUUGUGCGCCGAGUUUUCACUGAGUGCCAUUAUGACGACAGUCGUCGGAUCGGCGUAGGACGACCAUGCGGGAUUUGAUAAGGCAUUACGCGAUGCUGCUCAAGCGGAGAAGAUCAGAAGAUUCGGGCACGGAGACCCAGUCGAUUUUGAGCUCGCAGAGCUCGGUGGCGAGCUACGGAACCGGAAAUAUUGGCAUGUACGAUUCGGAGACGACCGACUGCGAGACGGUUACGGCGACGCCGUCGCCACCUGGACUUUCGGUUCCUCCUCAGCGCACCAGCAUCCAGAGGCCGUACACGUUUACCGAUUUUGAGUCCUCGAUCGUGGACAUCUGCAUCCACGAGAAGGAGAGGUUCCCGUAUAUAAUGCAGUAUCCCCAUCUCAAUGGUCUUUUGGAUAUCAGCCAAAAAUCCUUGAUCCAAACAAAGGACCCCAACGACUAUGUCGACAUCGAGAUGGUGCCAAAAACACAAGGUUCACUAGUAACAGUAUUCGCGAUAUGGAACACGAUAAUGGGAACGUCGCUAUUAGCCAUGCCGUGGGGAAUGGAAAGGGCCGGCCUCUUUCCGGGAAUUUUGGUCAAUAUCGUCGUCGCCGCCCUUUGCCUCUACACCUGCUAUCUAAUUUUGCGCAUUAACGAGGACCACGGCGUCAAUGGUCACCAGAACGAAGUGAGCGAUCUCGCUCGAAUUUUGCUGGGGAAGUGGGCCGAGUUCAUUGCGAGGAUCUUCUCGCUGAUCGUCCUGAUUGGUUCCAACAUAGUGUACUGGGUGCUGAUGUCAAACUUUUUGUACCACUCUGUACGUGUUCUAUACGGUUACCUCUUGUCAAUUAACGGGCUGCCAACCAACUCAACUGUGAUAUGUCCAAAGAAUUCGAGCAAUGUGACAGUGGUGGACCCUUUGGACAGCAAAGCGGAGGGUUUCGAUCGAAUAUGGGACAUCUACAGUACCACCCCCGUGAUUCUGGCAGUGCUCAUGUUUCCACUGCUAAAUUUCAAAAGCCCCACCUUUUUUACCAAGUUUAAUAGUUUAGGUACCCUAAGCGUAAUGUACCUCUUAAUAUUCGUCGCGGUCAAAUCGAGCACGUGGGGCAUCAACAUGGACAGUUGGGUGAUCGAGUUCAACAUCAAAUCCACCUUCUGCGCACUGAGUGGAAUGCUAUCUCUAAGCUACUUCAUACACAACAUCAUCAUUUCCAUUAUGCGAAGCAACAGAAAUCCGAAGAACAACAAUAGAGACCUGAGCAUCGCCUUCCUCUUGGUCACCUUCACCUACAUGUUCAUCGGUGUCGUCUUCUACAUCUGCUUCCCGCUGGCGAAGGAUUGCAUUGAAGACAACAUCCUUAACAACUUCGAGAAGUUCGACACCAUGACGAUUGUGGCACGUCUACUCCUGCUCUUCCAACUGUUCACCGUGUUUCCCUUAAUCUCCUUCAUGCUCAGAACGGAUGUCUUCAAGAACAUUAACUUGUACACGAACAACCUCGCCUACGAGUUCUCCUACCGGAAGGUCGUCGCGGUGAAUAUUGUCAUUGUGACCAUUUGCAUCCUGUUCGCCUGUUUCCUACCCAAAAUUGGCACGCUGAUACGGUACACCGGCGCGUUGAGCGGCUUGGUCUACAUAUUCUUCCUCCCGAGUCUGAUGAAGAUAGCAUCACUGAUGAAGAAAGAGAAGCUCACGUUCGUUAAGCUAACGGUUUACGUUUUAAUUGUGAUUUUUGGAUUUUUGAACCUUAUUUCACAAUUCUUUAUUAUUGACAAGUGAUCCUUUCCCAAGUCUUAGUAUAGUUUUUGUAUUAUUUAUUUUAAAUUAUUAUUAAGGGCAAUUGUAUAAUAAACGAAUCAUGGAGCGCUUCA